AUCCGUAUCUGUAAAUUUCUCGAAUAAAGUUCGGUUUACUGAAAUUUAUGAAUGUAGUAAAGGUGCGGACGUGGAGCAAUGCAGCCCAAAAAAUAAAAACAUCUAUUGCGAUUAUGUUUACUAAUGAGAGGGUACUAUGAUAGAAAGUUUUCUUUGUGCAUGACUUACUUUUGUCUUUUGAAAUCAUUCAAACUUCAUAGUGUUGACAGAUCUGUAAUAUUGGCAAGACCUUGGCAUUUGGACGAAGAGCGGUGCACGAGAUGAUCGUGGGGGUCACGUGCUGCGAUACAGACAGAUGCAACCUACCAACAGAAUCAAGCGCAGUGCCAAACGCCGUCACAGUGCACAGUACAGUACCACACACCAGCACAGUGCCAAACACAAUCACACACACACCAACUCAACAUGUACCAAGUUGUGUAAAAGACAUCGUGAUAAUUGUACAAGACUUCUGGUCUCAUCACACGCACCUGGAAAACGCUACGCCCUACGUGACAGCCUUUCUGAAGGAACUUGUAGCUCGUCUUCCGAUUGGUCAAACAGACAGCCUUCUGGAACUUUCCCUAAUUGAUACACACAUUCAUAAAGUCUGGUCCCUUACUGACUAUCUUACCAAUAACAGACUGCAAACAGCUUUAAAUGAUAUACCGUUUAAAAAAACGAGCGACAUCCUUGAUAUCAACGAUUUAGUACUUUACCUCUCCAGCCAGGCGUUUGGUAUCGGAUCAGGCGACAGACCAAAUGUACCUAAUACAGUCGUCAUAUUUGUGGAUCAACGAGCGCGGCUACACGGUCACGUGAUCGCGUUGGGUAAUGUUCAUAGCACUGACAUCGUCAUUGUGAAUAUUGGUAGUGCCGUCCAUAGCGCUGUGUCCCAAAUUGCGACGCUGGCCACGGGCUCCCACCACGUGCUCUCGGUCGCGGGUUAUAACGCACUUCACGGAAUCAAAGAUACUCUUGUCAACCUUAUUUGUAACUAACUGAAAUACGAACGGCCCCCUAAAUGUCAAUGCGGUAUAGAUAUAUAAUGAUCACUGUAACAAACGCGUCCCAUUUGUAAGUUAAGUAUUGCAAAGAAAAUUAAUAAUGAUUCACUAUGCUCAAUGCAUUGAGGAUUGUUUGUGGUAUUUACACGUUGAUGGAUAUUUAGUUCAAAAUAAAGAGAUUCACUGAGUAA